GUGGGGGGCCUGAGAGACAGCUGUACCUUGGAGGUGGCCUGGUGGAGGACAGACUCCACCAGCCAGCUAGGAGGGGGUCUGGGGUCCUGUCCUGGGGAGGGAAGAGCAGACUCUUGUGAUAUCCUUGGGGUCUCCAGAUAGCCCACCAGGGGUUGGGAGGGUGAGCAGGGACAGGGCGCCCCCACUGACUUGGGACCCUCCUCCUCCAGGCCCACCCCUUAGCACCCAGGACAUCUGGGCCCCCCGCCCCCAGCGCUGUCUAGUCUGGCUGCUUGGCCAUCACUCCCAGCCUGGUUCCCACUCCUGUGCCUUCUGGGGACGGGCCCUCAAGGACAGCAUGUUGACAAAUCAGGGCCAGCUCUAUCGCUGUGGGGAGGGAGAUAGGCUGCUGGCGACAGAAAGGGCUCUUUGAGAAGGCCACUCUGCCUGGAGUGGGGGCGCCGGGCACUGUCCCCCAAGGUCGCGGCAGAGGAGAUAGGGGCCUGUCCUUUACAAACACCCCACCUUCCACUCGGCUUCCACAAGGCGGGCAGCCCAGCCCCUGGCAGCACCCAUGACGCGGGACCUGCCUCUCACCAGCCUGACCCUGGUGCUGUCCGCCCUGGGGGCUCUGCUGGGGACUGAGGCCCUCAGAGCAGAAGAACCAGCUGUGGGCACCGGUGGCCUCAUCUUCCGAGAAGACCUGGACUGGCCGCCAGGCAGCCCACAAGAGCCUCUGUGCCUGGUGGCACUGGGUGGGGACAGCAAUGGCAGCGGCACCCCUCUGCAGGUCAUGGGGGUUCUGAGCGCCUAUGAGCGGGCCUUCCUGGGGGCCGUGCAGCGGGCCCGCUGGGGUCCCCGAGACCUGGCCACCUUUGGGGUGUGCACCCCCGGUGACAGGCAGGCUGCCUUGCCCUCUCUACAGCGGCUGGGGGCCUGGCUGCGGGACCCUGGGGGGCAGCGCCUGGUGGUCCUGCACCUGGAGGAAGUGACCUGGGAGCCCACACCUUCGCUGAGGUUCCAGGAGCCCCCGCAUGGAGUAGCCGACCCCCCGGAGCUGGCGCUGCUGGUGCUGUACCCUGGGCCUGGGCCUGGCCCUGAGGUCACUGUGACGAGGGCUGGGCUGCCGGGUGCCCAGAGCCUCUGCCCGUCCCGGGACACUCGCUACCUGGCGUUGGCGGUGGACCGCCCUGCGGGGGCCUGGCGCGGCUCCGGGCUGGCCUUAACCCUGCAGCCCCGCAGAGAGGGCUCCCUCCUGAGUACGGCCCAGCUGCAGGCACUGCUGUUCGGCGACGACCACCGCUGCUUCACGCGGAUGACCCCGGCCCUGCUCCUGCUGCCGCGGUCUGAGCCCGCGCCGCUGCCCGCGCAAGGCCAGCUGGACACCGUGCCCUUCCCGCCGCCCAGGCCAUCCGCGGAGCUCGAGGAGUCGCCACCCAGUGCAGACCCCUUCCUGGAGACGCUCACGCGCCUGGUGCGGGCGUUGCGGGGCCCCCCGGCCCAGGCCUCCGCGCCCCGCCUGGCCCUGGACCCGGACGCGCUGGCCGGCUUCCCGCAGGGCCUGGUCAACCUGUCGGACCCCGCGGCGCUGGAGCGCCUGCUAGACGGCGAGGAGCCGCUGUUGCUGCUGCGGCCCACCGCGGCCACCACCGGGGACCCCGCGCCCCUGCACGACCCCACGUCGGCGCCGUGGGCGACUGCCCUGGCGCACCGCGUGGCUGCCGAGCUGCAAGCGGCGGCUGCCGAGCUGAGCAGCCUCCCGGGUCUGCCUCCAGCCGCAGCCCCGCUGCUGGCACGCCUGCUCGCGCUCUGCCCAGGCGGCCCCGGCGGCCCCGGCGGCCCCGGCGAUCCCCUGCGAGCUCUGCUGCUUCUGAAAGCGCUGCAGGGCCUGCGCGCGGAGUGGCGCGGGCGGGAUCCACGCGGGCCGGGGCGGGCACAGCGCAGCGCAGGGCCCACGGCCGCCGACGGGCCGUGCGCGCUGCGCGAGCUCAGCGUAGACCUCCGCGCCGAGCGCUCCGUACUCAUCCCGGAGACCUACCAGGCCAACAAUUGCCAGGGCGUGUGCGGCUGGCCGCAGUCCGACCGCAACCCGCGCUACGGCAACCACGUGGUGCUGCUGCUGAAGAUGCAGGCCCGUGGGGCCGCCCUGGCGCGCCCCCCCUGCUGCGUGCCCACCGCCUACGCGGGCAAGCUGCUCAUCAGCCUGUCGGAGGAGCGCAUCAGCGCGCACCACGUGCCCAACAUGGUGGCCACCGAGUGUGGCUGCCGGUGACCCCUGCGCCUCUCGGACUCCUGCCCCGAGGGGCCGGACGUGCCCCAGCUCGCGCCCCUUCCCAUAUUUAUUCGGACGCCAAGUAUCGCCCCAAUAAAGACCAGCAAGCAACGGA